GGGACACGAAUGCUGAAAUAUGGUUGCUGAAAUCUGUCACCAGAACGACCGCCGUUUUAUAUGGGUUAUUCUGGUUGGAGAUGACAUUCUUGGCAGGUGACAGUUUUCUUUGAAUGAAAAAUGAGUACUGACUACUGAGUAGUUUUUUUCUUUUCAAGAAGGUGAACUCUCCUCUUUGGUAGAAUCAUUUGAAAAAAUUUUGCUAUGGAAAACAAUGAGGAUGUUUUUUCGUGUGGCCAUUGUCAUAUUGCCCUGGGAUCCUUAGAGGAAAUCAUAGCAAAUAGGCUUGCUGAAAAACACAACUGUUUUUAUGGAUCCUCCAACGUUAAUUUGGAUUACACCAGCCAUCAAAUGUUCAAGGGAGCUGAUGAUGAACAAGUGUCUACAACUAAAUUGGCCCAGAAGCAGAAAAUAUCAGCACCACCCUUGCCAUUAGGACAAUCUACUCAACAGAACGUUUGGAAAGAAGAUGAGGUUCUACUUUUAAUUGCUACCUACAAAAACCACAAAGAAAAAUUUAAUAGUGGUAAUAUGAACAAAAAGAAUGUGUGGGUCAUUAUUAGUAACGAAAUGAAAACACAUGGGGUGAAUAAAGACAGUGUGAAAUGUGAUGAGAAGUGGAGAAACUUGAGAAAGGUAUAUGAUAAAGUGAAAAUGGAAAAUGAGAAGACGGGAAAUGGGAAUACAAAUUGGAAGUAUUUCAAUGACUUCCAGGAUAUAUAUCAUAAGGAUCCCAGAUUUACUCCAGUUUGUACUGCUACAAGUAGUGGUGUGAUAAAAAGACCCAGCAGUAGCAAAGAAAAUAUGCAAGUGAAAAAAAGCAAAUUUUCACCAGAAGAAGAAAAAAGACCAAAGUCUGUAUCUCUCAAUUAUUUGGAUGCUAGGAUUCAGAAGAGGCACGAAGAAAAAAUGGAUUUCAAAAACAAAGUUUUUGAAUGGUUCAAGGAUAAUUAUAAAAAAAAGGAAGAUUAAUAAUUUUUUGCUAUUAGAUAUAGGUAAAUAUCCAGCCAUAUUUUUGUCUGGUGAAUACCAAUUAUUAUAUCUCCCUGGAGUCAAGACAUUUAAUUAUGUUUGCCAUUAUUUGUCAUUUUGUGAUAUAGAAUAAGACUUUUGUUAUGAAUAAUGAGUUUAUUUUCAGUUGUUUUUC